AUGCAGAUUGCAAACUCUUUGAGCGUGCUAAUUCAGCAGCAAAUUUCUUCGCACGAGUUAGAACACAACACAGGCUCUGCAGACUCAACUUACAGGUCGAGCUGCCCCAAAGGGAAAACUAAUAAAAUGGCGAACAGGAUCAUGGCGCUUAUUGUCGAUGAUAACUUGUUGAAUCAAAGGAUUCACAGCACACUUUUAAACAAACAUGGCAUAGAGACAGAGGUGAUGGGGAACGGGAAGGAAGCUGUGGAUGCCCACUUCUCAGGAAAGAAAUUUGACUUGAUACUGAUGGAUAGGGAUAUGCCGGUCAUGAAUGGUAUCCAGGCGACGAGGAAACUCAGAGAAAUGGGCGUACGCAGCAUCAUCGUGGGCGUAUCAUCACACUCAUCGGAACAAGUAAAAGAAUUUAUGGAGGCAGGUCUCAAUGACUACCAAGAGAAGCCUCUGACGUUAACUAAGCUCACCUCUAUUCUACAAAGAUGGAACCUCAGUCUUUGACCCUUUAGAGAUAUUUCCAUGCCCAUCUAUAUCUCUUCAUCUACCAAUCAUUGAUCCACUUCUACUACUUCAGUUAUACCUGCA